GCAAGUGUCUGCACGCAUCUCUACUGUGACCAGAUGAGGACCCAACACGCUCACACGUGAGCGGUUUUUUUUGACUCACGCUUUAUUCUCAGUGUUCAUUCUAGCUCGAGCCGCCUGAGCGGACGCGGGCAGAGAGCGCGCUGUCGCACGCAAUUCGAUGCUUUACGGAUUAUCCCCUCAAACUGUCGAUACAUGAAGAAGGAACUCGAGGCAGGAGGGAUAUGCCCAUGUUGCAGUAGGAAGAGAGAGGAAGGAGGCAGCGAAGCGUUUCUGAUGACAGUGGGUCCCCAUCGCGUGUUCCUUUCUCUGUAACGACCAUGCUUUAUUUUCAGUUGGUAAUAAUGGCUGGGACAGUCAUGCUAGCUUAUUACUUUGAGUACACCGACACUUUCAACGUGCGUGUGCAGGGAUUUUUCUGCUAUGACAGUUCCUACACGAAGCCCUAUCUUGGACCUGAAGAGUCGAGCGCUGUACCCCCAGCGGUCCUAUAUGCAGUGGUCUCCGGAGUGCCCGCACUUGUGAUCACAGCCACAGAGUCUGUGCUGUUUCUGCUGCAGUAUGUUUCUGAGGAUCUGGAUAACCGUGAAAAGAUCAUCGUGAUGGGGGACUGCUGUUACCUCAACCCUCUUGUUCGCAGGACUUUUCGAUUUCUGGGUGUGUACGCCUUUGGACUGUUCGCCACGGACAUCUUUGUGAACGCUGGCCAGGUGGUGACGGGGAACCUGGCGCCCCACUUCCUGACCGUGUGCCGGCCCAAUUACACGGCCCUGGGCUGCCAACAGAACGCCAUCUUCAUCAACCAGCAGGAAGUUUGCACGGGAAACGAGGAUGAUGUCACACGCGCCCGCAAAUCCUUCCCCUCCAAGGAGGCUGCUCUCAGCGUUUACGCCGCGCUCUAUGUUGCUAUGUACAUCACAUGCACUGUGAAGAACAAAGGCACGAGGUUAGCAAAGCCCGCUCUGUCUCUGGGCCUCAUCUGUCUGGCCUUCCUGACAGGAAUAAACAGAGUGGUAGAGUACAGGAACCACUGGUCUGAUGUCAUCGUCGGCUUCAUCAUCGGAGGAGCUAUAGCUACAUUCAUGGUGGUGGGCGUGGUGCAAAGAUUCAAAGGGAAGCCCUUGCUUAGUGAAAUCCCUCCUGAGGAGAGCCUGGACAGCAUGCCCAUAAUCAGCCACUCUCGGGAGGAGAACCCUCUGGAGAAGUACAUUACUACCCAGAAUCCCAUCACCUUUGCUGAGGUCACAUGACAGCUAUAAGGCCCGGCACUGCGGACGCCAUCGCUCUUCUCCGUCCGGUCCUCGUAGUUGGAGUGCAGCGCUAAUCCCAUCGUUAGAUAUUUUCACCGCAGUACAGUAGAUCUGACCGCAUCAGUGUUACGCGUCCUCUGUGCAGAUGGAAAUAUGAUGCAUUGCAGUGACAGCACCUGCUUCUACACCCAUUUAUUACAUGGAUCAUUUUCAAUGGGACUGGGAUAUCCACAAAGACCCUAUUUUUGUACAAAGAAUUCAACAAAAAACAUGUCCCCAAGGCUUAUCUCUGCACAUUCUGUUUUGUGGGCAACAUAAAUGGAUUUAAAUGUAGUUGGCUACAAUGGUAAAAAAACAAAAAACAAACAAAAAAAAAACAUUGUGAAGUCUUUCCAAAGUUUUACUUUUUGUUGUAGUUUAUGCAUUUCAACAUUUCUGUUUAUGGCAUUUUAUUUUAUUUUUGUAUGCACUUAUUUAUACCAGUGUGCUGUAGAAUUUUCACUUUCUAAAAAUGAACAAGUGAAGGAAAUCACUCUUAUUUAGUUUAGAACUCAACCAGGAAGCACGAAGUCACCAUUUUAUUUGUUCUGUCAACUUUGGAGAUUUUGUUCUGUUUUAUAUUUUUGAUUUAUACAUAAAAUGAUGCUUUGAUUGCAUUAUACUGCAGAUUUAUUGUGGAUUUGACCCAAAAAUCAAGUUGAUACAUUCCCACCAAUAGCUUUUAAUUAGUUGAUUGAAAUCUUGUGAGGAGCACUGUAAAGGGUAAGUCAUACUUAUUCAUAAAUAUGUUAUUGAUUUGGCAGUGGAGAGGAAAGGUUUUUGGGAUUGCCAGUAGAUAAAAGCACUGCCUGUGUGAAGACCCUUAUUCACUCAUGUUCACUUGAAAAGUGGUUGAAUGAGAGCAGGCUGAUUGGUCCAGGAAGCUGUUUAAGGAUGUGACAUCCUGCUAACCUCCCUUGUUCCAUUCGUUUUGGAUUUCUCUUGGGCAGGGUUCUCAAACUAUGCUCCAGGAGAGCCACAUGGGCUGCUUGAACUUUUCACCUUGAACUUAAGUUACCAUUUUACACUAGAAACCUGAUUUGAUGAAUUAUUACUUUAACUGAUUGAAUUAGUUCAGUGACAGCAAUCUUUAGCAUUCAGUAAAUUGGAUGUAUUGGUCCUAGCUUCAGUUCACAUAUGGGUGGCUUCAUCAGUCAUAGAAACCACCAUAAACCACACCUCAAACUAUUUUACCUAGGAGCUAUUUAAGAAAGUUUUCACCUUUACACUUCAUGUUUAUACUAAAGUCCCAGCUUGGUUGGGUUUAUAGACCCAUUUGCCUCUGGCAUCUGCAACCACCAUCCUCACUGGUGCUUGAAGGGCUGUAUAAAUAAUAAAAGUCUGCUCAUGUACAAAAAUAAAUAAAUAAUUGAAUUUGACUUUUCUUAAAAAUUGCAAUAAUGCAUUUUAAAUAUGACCCCCCCCCCCCCACCCAUUUUUCUGGAGUAAACACCUGUCAAAUAUUUAUUUAAUUAUAAAUCUGAAAAAUUGCACACUGCUUAAAGACAUUUUUUGUUAGCGACUAAAGGAUUAUUAUGGUUUUGGAGAUAAUUGUAAUUACAGUCAAGGAUUGUUAAGCCCACACUUGAAGUCUCAUUUUUGUUUAUAGUGAACCUUUAAACAUAAGAAAAUUCCCAAAUUAAAAUGUUUUUUUUUUUAAAAAAGCUUUGCUUCUGGCUCCUGUUAAAUUUGGAAAGAAUAUAUAACUGAGCUCUAGGGAAUUUUAUAUUGAUUCUGUGAAGCCAUGGGACUUUUUUCAAAGUUUAUAGAUAAAGUGUUGUUAUUCCCUAUGAAGUUAGAUUUCAGGGUUUCCGUCUUCUGUGACUUUCCAAUUUUAUUUUGAAACAGGAACCUUAUGGCAUAAGAAACCAUGUGAGGGAAGAGUGUGCUUGUGGGAGGCACACAGUAUGCACAAAAGCAGUCCAAGACAAGACAAGAGGCUCUAACCUCUUUGGCACAUUUGAUGGAGAAUGGACUAAGUGCACUGGACAAUCAACAGUUCUGAGUGAAUUGUAGGUAAUUCCAGCAGAUGUCAAGUGAACUUAAGUGGACCAGAGUAGAGCAAGGUUGAAGUGAGUUUAAAGAUGUGGCAUUGAUUGCCAUCCACCAUGCAAGACAUGCAGGGAUACCUUUAUUUGUAAUUCAUAUUCCUAGUCCUAGUGUCUUUGUUGUGUAAUGAUUUCACUUUAAUUUCAUCAGAUGUAUUUUGCUCUCUGUUUAUUGAAUAUGGUUGAUAUGAUGAUAUGUUGUUACUGAAAUGUAUCCUCCUGAAAUCCACACAAUUAGUUAUUAUCCUCUGUAGUGGACAUGGGUCUCUGGUCUUAAUCUCAAGAACCAUAUAUUCAACAAAUAAAAUAAAUAAUAUUUUUUUAAACACUCAUUGUAACAUGUUUUUAUCAUCCUAGACACGUAUUAUUUUUUCUGUCAGGUCUCUGGAGGAUAUGGAUGUAACCACAGGUCAGCAUUGAGAUCUUUUCAAAUCAAAAGAGUUAAUGCAUGAUUUAUUUUCAUUCUCUUAAAGGAAUUAUUUUAAGUUAUGGUAUUGCAAGGGCCAUAAGUAUGCACCUUUCUUGUUAAGUGGCAGAUUUUCGAAAGAGCUGUAUGUAGCUUCUUAUGUAAAGUAUGAUGAAGUAGAUAAGGUUU